CGUACAAAUUACUACCACUCACUACCGUCGGCAUCAGGUCAACACUUUCCUAUUCCUGCUUUCUCAAAUGCCGAAGAAUUUGGCUAGCUAGAAACAACCCAUUUAUAAAAUGGGAUCAACAGAUAAUUUAGCUUCCUAUUUUGAACAUGUCAGUUCAUUCUGUAAAUAUCCUUCUUGUCCUGAAGUGAGAUGAAUCCCAGUGUUUUGCAGUGACAUUUGUGAUGGCAGACGUACACGAACAGGCUGAAGUAAAAAACCUGUAUGUAAACCAGAAAAUGAUUGACGUUUCUGCUGAUAGAUUGGAUGGCUUAAGAACUCAGUGCGCGACAAGUGCUGAAUUAACUCAACAAGAAAUAAGGACUCUGGAGGGGAAGCUGAUAAAGCUCUUCUCGUAUCAGCUAGUCGCCAAAUCAAAAAUUGCAGACAUGUUCUUCCAUCGGAGGAUGAAGCUACUGCCAUCCAUUCACCAAUGGCUUAUGGUUGUCGGACUGGGAAAAGAGGCAAUACAGAGCGUUUGCUCGCGGGUUCUGACAGUAGAGGCGCUGCAAGAGAAAUCAGAACACGAGCUUCGCACAAUGAUUGCGAGAGAGGAAGAGCUCAAACGUCUCUGUCGCGCACUGCACAAUCUCAAACGCUAUACAGACAUCCUAUUGCGCGGCGACAUUGACAGCGAGAUCCCGCUGUACUGGGACUCGUGGGACCGCCGCAGUGGCGGGGGCGGUGGUGGCUCGGGGGCGUCGCCUCGGCCGGGGCGGUCGCGCGCCACUCGCGGCUCGGUGCCCUCCGACGAUGCCGCCCCCCUGUCCCCGCCCCUACCUACGCCUCCGCCCACGCCGCCGCUCCAGAAGACGGCCAAGGCCGGUGUAGCUCCUCCUCUUCCUACCGACCGGCUCACUCGUGAAACGUGUCCGCAACAUAACGGUCGCACUGGCGCUAACAAGUUUCCGACAACGCCGCCGCCUCGCAAGAAGCAUACGACUGGCCUGCAGCCACUCGCGGACGCGCAGCCGCUCACCAAGUCAAAGUCACACGAGUCCCAACUCGCCAACAAGGUCGACGGCGAAACCACCACUGCAGGGCCGGAAAGGCGGCAACGGUUGCCGACAGAGCCGGGUCCCGGGGGGCAGAUCUCGCCGCUGCUCUCCAGUCCCAUUCGGUCGCCGCCCCCCACCGACAGCCCGCACCCCCACGACGAAGCCGCCUCCAAGCGUAAGAAUUCGUACAGCCUGCAAGUUCCUAAGUCGCCGCGCACCCCGACUGCUCCGCCGCGAGGCAUGGGUCACACGAUCGCGCAUCGGUUCACAAAAACAUUCAAAAUGAUGACCACCUGCAAUCUAUGCGACAAGCAGAUGUUCAUCGGCACCGGUUUAAAAUGUAAAGAGUGUAAAUACAAGUGUCACAGAGAUUGCGAAGCGAAAGUUCCUCCUUCUUGUGGUUUACCAAAAGAAUUCAUCGAAGAAUUUCGAAAAGCUGUUCAAAUUGAUGGACAUGUACCCAACCAAUCACCCACCAUUCCAAGGCCGUCUCCUAGUCAUCUUCCGUCGGCCAUGUUGAGGAAGGAAGCCCGUCGUCAAGUUCAUGUGCCUCCAUUCCCGGGUGGACCUGACUCGAGUUCGAACACCUCUAGCUGCAACUCGAGUACCCCCUCCAGUCCCGCCCUGGUGUUGGGGAGCACCACCCCCCACCCCCUGCCAGAUACCGUUGAGGCACGAUUCGAGUUUCCAGAUGUCGUUACACACGAGCAACACCCGCUCGAGCGAUCGCAGGAUUCGGAUCGUACUGUGUCGGUGUCGGGCAGUGAUUCGGACAGGACGCCCGUCCGAGUCGACUCGCAGGACAGUCAGGUGUCCGAUGGAGAUCCGGCCGACAGGCCUUGGCCCCGCCAGAAUAGUUUGUCGCUGAGGGAGUGGGACAUUCCGUUUGACGAGCUGAAGAUUGGCGAGUCGAUUGGCACGGGCCACUUUGGCACAGUCUAUCGCGGCAACUGGCACGGCGAUGUCGCCGUCAAACUGCUCAACAUGAACUACCUUGAUGACGAGAAGACGCUCGAGGCAUUCAAGCUGGAAGUGGCAACAUUUAGGAAAACACGUCACGAGAACCUGGUGCUGUUCAUGGGCGCUUGCAUGAAGCCCCCACGGCUCGCCAUUGUGACGUCAAUGUGCAAAGGCAUGACGCUCUACACACACAUCCACCUCUGCAAGGACAAGUUUAAUAUGAACAAGACCACAAUAGUCGCGCAACAGAUAUCGCAGGGAAUGGGCUACCUACAUGCAAGAGGAAUCGUUCAUAAAGAUUUAAAAACAAAGAAUAUUUUCUUGGAGAACGGGAAGGUUGUGAUAACUGACUUCGGCCUAUUUAGUGUAACCAAGCUGUGCUAUGGAAACAGGAUGGGAGACGGACUAAGCAUUCCUCCAGGCUGGUUGUGCUAUCUGGCGCCUGAAAUUAUUAGGAGUUUGCGGGCGCACCAAAAGCCUAAUGAUGACGAGCUUCCAUUUUCAAAGAUGUCUGAUGUAUACGCUUUCGGAACGGUCUGGUAUGAACUGCUCUGUGGGGAAUGGCCUUUCAAAUCACAGCCUCCUGAAUCAAUAAUCUGGCAGGUGGGCAAAGGAAUGAAGCAGACACUCGCCAAUCUGCAGGCUUCCCGUGAUGUCAAGGAUAUUCUAAUGCUGUGCUGGAGUUUCAGAGCUGGAGAACGGCCCGACUUUGUUCAGCUGCUGAAAACGCUGGAAAAACUGCCGAAAAAGCGACUGGCGCGCUCUCCCUCGCACCCCAUCCAUCUGUCGCGGUCGGCCGAGUCAGUCUUUUGAUUCCUGUUUUCGUUUCUCCUGGUGUCAAGUUACCAUGGGUCCUGUUGCAAUUAUCGUGAUGCUGAUACAGCCUAAACCAAUCACAGUGCAGAAAUUGUCAAUUCUCCAGAAAUCACAGAGCUGCUGAUAUAGCCUAAACCAGAGUGCUGAAAUAGUCAAUUCUCCAGCCAUCAAAGUGCUGCUGAUAUCCAGCAAUCAGAAGGCUAGAUGUCAGAGUGUUCCUGAUGUAGCCUAAACCAAUCACAGUGCAGAAAUAGUCGAUUCUCCAGCCAUCAAAUGCUGCUGAUAUCCAACAAUCAGAAAUCUGCAGAGUGAUGAUGCUAUUGCCAACUUCACACCAUCAAUCAGAGAGCUGAUACUUCCAACUCAACCAAUCAGAAUGCUGCUGUUAUCGCCAACUUCCAGCCAGUCAGUGUGGUGAGAUAUCGUCGCCAACUCCACCAGACAACAAUCAGGUAUUGUCAACUAUCAGAGUGCUGAUAGUGCCAGUGGUUGUCUCUGUCUACUACGUAUACUUCAAUUCAAUCAGGACUUUAGCUAAUCAACCAUCAUCAUCAACAUCUGUAAACUAUUGAUUCAAUUUCAUCAAUAUCCUUCACACCGUAACAAGCACUCAACAUUCUGGUAAUAUCUAUUUUAGUCAGGUUUGUCUUCAAUUUUAUUUAUUGAUAUAAUAUUCAACAGAGUACCCUUUUAAAUUGUCACGACAUGUUUCGGCUACUAAUGCCAUUUUCAAGUGAUUUGAAAAUAAAUAAAUACUGAUUGAAGAUUCUUAUUUUUGAUCACGAAACAUGUCGUGAUAAAAUAAUUUAAAAGGGUACUCAGAUUAAUAUUUUUAUUUAUAUUCAAGAGAUCUGAUAAUGGUAAUGAUUGCGAGGUGAACAAGUUUAUAAAAUUAUUUACUUUAAAUUCAUCAACACUCUUGAACCCUAACCAGCACACAACAUUGGUAGUAUCUAUUUUUCUUACAUUGAUGUUUUUCUUCGAUCUCAUUUAUUGAUAUAAUAUUUCACCGAUCUGAUAAUAAUGGUAAUGAUUGCGAGGCGAACAAGUUUAUAAAAUAAAUAAUUAUUAUUAAACGAAAUUCGAAUUAAAUGCAGUAAA